AAACAGCUUGAAGCAUACAGAGUACGAGUAUUACAGUGAAUUUGUGAAAGUUGUAAACAUAACCUUAGUCAAUAUUGUGACAUAUUACACAACUUGUGGAUCGUUAGCAUCAUCUGAUAGAUAUAUCAACCGAUUUUUUUGGGAUUACGGAGUGAUAGUGAUUAAAAUUAAUAAUAAAAGACAUUUGAUUAGUGAUAAUAAACUGUUUUCGUCAAUUAAACAUAGUUAUUCAACCAGAUUGAAGAUGUGUGUAGAAACUGAAAUGAAUCUAAUCAAACAAGAAAUGUUCAACAGAUCAAAAUUAGGACGUGCUGUGCACGGCAUGUUGACCCAUGCAAGGGUCAACAGAAGAUUGAUAUGUGGACUCCUUCCUGCCGUGGCAUACCUUGAAAAAUCCCCAGAGGAUGUCCUAUUUUGUGUACUUCCCCAGACGAGACCUGGGGAUUCCACUAUGCAUAUGCAAACAGUUUUAUUGCAAGCUUUUUGCUAUGAAAACGACAUACCAGUGAUACAGGUUGACAGUAGCGAUAAACUAUCAGAAUACUGUGGCGUGCAGAAUACAAAAUCCGGUUGCAGUUGCGCGGUGGUCACGAAGGACCUCAGUCUUCCACCAACCCCAGAAGACGAGUUUCCCAUGUCGCCGACCGAGCAAAUUUUGGCGGAUUUCUACGAAUUUACUUUGGAAGAAUACCCGAGACCGGUUAUCCCGUUGCCUAGCUGAACUUAUUCCGAAAUACUUAAAAAUGAAUAAGAUCCGUGAACUGGAUUGGUUUCAAGUAUAUACUGAUGGUUAUUUGGUCGCCCACAGAUGGCGCUUUUGUGGCACCGAGAGGAAAUCUUAACAUUUGGGUUGUGUUAAGGUUUUUGGGUGCAUUUUGUCUCGCCGAUUUCGACGUACUGUUUGUAUAAAAUUGUUGCAUUUAACGAAAUCGGGGGAUAUUAGGUUUUUUUUUGUAUAUUCGCUAGAGGAAGUAUUGUAUACAUCUUAUAGGCUUUAAUAAAUAAGGUUUAUUGUGAAGUUGAGAAAUAAGAAAACGAUUUUUGUUAUUGUAGAGAGAUGAGAUUUUUGUUUUUGUAUAAUUAUUGUAUAAGACGUUGUGAAAUGUUGUUUUAGAUGACGAUAUUGUUGGAAAAUAAAAAUAUUUUUGUUAGAAA